AUGGCCGCCAUCCCCAUGGAAGCUUUUGCCCCAUUCGAACCGCCGGCGCUGAAGCUCGUGCUGAAGCCACAGCGUCCGCAGUCAACUGGCAGACCAUCCGAGCUUGAUCUUCCGUGGCGGGCUCUGGCGCUUUUUUCCAGCGCCGCCGGUGCCCAGCGUGUUCGGCGAAACCGCACAGGGCUCCGCUCGCAGAAUCCUGCGCGCGCGGGGAGUGGCGUGCGCGUGGUGGCGAUGAGUGAUACCCACGGCUUCCAUCGCCAGCUUCCAGUGCCCAAGGGCGAUAUUCUGAUCCACUGCGGGGACGCCCAGUCCGACUACCAGGAUUGGCAGACCAAUCGCAAAGACUUUGUGAAGUGGUUCCGGGAGCUGCCGUUCAAGCACAAGAUCUUCGUGAAGGGCAACCACGACCGGGGCCGAGCGUGGAAGGACGAGAUGCCAGACUACUUCUUGCGAGGCAAAAGGCAGUGUGGCCCACUGAAAAUCUUCGCCGUGCCCUAUGACGAGGGAUGGAUCCGGGAGGCAAACUCGAAUCAGAUCCCCGAUGGCGUUGAUGUGCUGAUCUCGCAUGAGCCCCCCUACCAGAUUUUGGACUACGCCUCCGCCACCUCACGCUGCGGCAUGGACUGGGCCGCCUGGCCCACCGUGCGAAGCAGAGAAGACGCAGGUUUCAUGUCCAUUGUCUUGACCAUGGUACCUGAUUGA